AAGCCGCUGCCGCCGCCGGCGCCGCCACGCUCCCAGCUCCCGCUGCGGCUGCGGUUCUGGCGCCCGAGCCCCCGCGGCGCUGCAGCCCAGCCUGGGCGCGCAGACCGACCCGCGUGUCGCGCUGCGGCAGGUGCCCUGGGCAUCCCGAGACGCAGUGCCUGCUCCCGGCUGGCCACCCCGCGUCUUAUGAACCAUGGGGCGGAAGCUGGAUCUGUCCGGUUUGACUGACGAUGAAACUGAACAUGUUCUCCAGGUGGUUCAGAGAGACUUCAAUCUUCGCAAGAAAGAGGAAGAACGACUCAGUGAGAUGAAGCAGAAGCUGGAUGAGGAAGGCAGCAAGUGCAGCAUCCUCUCGAAGCACCAGAAGUUCGUGGAGCACUGCUGUAUGCGCUGUUGCUCGCCCUUCACCUUCCUCGUCAACACCAAGCGCCGGUGUGGGGACUGCAAGUUCAACGUCUGCAAGAGCUGCUGCUCCUACCAGAAGCGGGAGAAAAGCUGGGUCUGCUGCGUCUGCCAGCAAGCGAGGCUUCUGAGAACACAGUCUCUCGAAUGGUUCUACAACAACGUGAAGAGCCGCUUCAAGCGCUUCGGCAGCGCCAAGGUCCUGAAGAACCUGUACCGGAAACACCGGCUGGAGAGCGGCGCGUGCUUUGACCUUCUCGGAGGAGGAUUGUUUGAGUCAAAUCUGGAGACUGAAGGAAGCGUUUCAGGAAGUGACUCAACAUUUUAUAGGCAGUCGGAAGGACACAGCAUGAUGGACACCUUGGCUGUCGCCCUGAGGGUGGCUGAAGAAGCCAUUGAGGAAGCCAUCUCCAAAGCAGAAUCCUACGGGGACAGCCUGGACAAGCAGAACGAGGCCAGUUACCUGCGGGACCACAAGGAGGAACUAACGGAGGAGUUGGCCACAACCAUCCUGCAGAAGAUCAUUCGAAAGCAGAAGAGCCGAAGUGAGCAGCAGGUGGAAGACGAGCCCCCGAGCUGCAGCCUGCAGGCAGUGGACAGCGGCGGCAUGGCCUCCCCAGGAGCCCGCCGAGCUCCCGCCACCCUCUGGCGGUCCCAGUCUGCCUUCUCCAUCACCGGAGACGAGGCCCUGAAGACUUCCUCCCUGGAGACUGUGUCGCGGAAGAAGCUGCGGGCCCGGGGCCAGCACGCAAGGGACGAGUCGGCUCUGCCCAGCUGGAAGAGCGUGGACAGGCUGGAUGACUCUACCCUGGCCCCGGUUCUGCAGAGCCCCGAUGGGAACUGGGUAGCAGUAAAGGAUGGCACUCUGCCCCCCAUCCGCCUGCUGGCCAAGCCCAAGAGUGGGACAUUUCAAGCCCUGGAGGUAGCCUCCAGUGUGACGUCUGCCUAUGACGAGAUGGGCUCCGACAGCGAGGAGGAAUUUGACUGGGGCGAAGCCCUGAGCAAGCUGUGUCCGCGGCCCCGGGGCCGGCCCAGGAACCCCCAGGCUCAGGGCUCUGCCGGCCCCUCAGCUGCCUCGCCCUGCUCCAGGAUGUCCCCCAACCCCGAGACCAUGUGCUCUGACUCCGAGACCUCCUCGGCGGGCUCUUACCGGGAAGCAGCGUGCCGGGCCAGGCUGUCCUGGCUGCAGAGGAAGGCUCCCAGAAACCCGGAAGCUGAGAAGAUGCGCCUCCAGGGAGAGCUGGAUGUGAACUUCAACCCCCAGGUGGCCAGUGGGGAGACCUCAGACAGCAGCGAGCCGGAGGAGGCCUCUCAAGCCGCAGACCGGUGGACCAGGAGGUGGAGAAGGGUGCGCAUGGGCUCAGAGGACCUAAGCAAAGAACCGCCCUCCCCCAGCGCCCACACCCAGGAUCUGCAUGCACACCAGGUGUCGGGUGAUAUAUCAGAGACUGAUGGCAGCAACGAGGGUCAGCGCCCCUGGACGGGCCCGGACGCCACGGAGGAGAUGCUCAGAAACAGGCUAUACGAGUUAGCGAUGAAAAUGAGUGAAAAAGAGACUUCCUCCGGGGAGGACCAGGAGUCUGAGCCCAGGACGGAGUCCGAGACCCAGAAGGAAAGUCUGUCUUCCGAGGAGAACAGCCGGAGUGUCCAGGAAGAGCUUAAGAAGAAGUAUUCUGCUGUUUCUCUCUGCAACAUCUCCACAGAAGUCCUCAAAGUCAUCAACGCCACAGAGGAGCUCAUAGCAGAGUCUGCAGGGCCCUGGGAGUCCCCACCCGCCCCUCCUGACAGAGAGAAGGGCACGUUUCCUCUCGGGACAGACCAAGUGCGACUGGAUGAGCAGCUGACUUCCCUGGAAGAGAAUGUCUACCUGGCAGCAGGCACUGUGUACGGGCUGGAGGGCCAGCUGAGUGAGCUGGAAGACGCCGCGCGUAGCAUCCACAGUGGCACUGAUGAGACGCAACUGGCGGAGCUGGAGGACCAGGUGGCCACAGCUGCAGCCCAGGUGCACCAUGCUGAGCUCCAGAUUUCGGACAUCGAGAGCCGGAUUUCAGCCCUGACCAUUGCAGGCUUGAACAUCGCGCCCUGUGUGCGCCUCACAAGAAGACGGGAACAGAGGCAAAGGAGCCAGGUUCACACCAUAGACACAUCAAGGCAGCAAAGGAGGAAGUUGCCUGCCCCGCCAGUGAAAGCGGAAAACAUUGAGGCAUCUUCCAUGAGCACCACUAAAACAUUUAACCGCAAUUUCAUUCUCCAAGGCUCCUCCACAGAUAGGACUAAGGAACGGAGAAGCACCUCUGCAGAGCUGAUGGAGCCCACUCUGGAGUCUGCUGUGAUGUACUAAGCCCACGGAACCCCACUGCCAGUGACCCACUGCCUCUGGCCGUACACGACAGUGCCUUGACCCAACAGCCAUCGAAUACUGUAUGGAUUUCCACCUUUGGGAGGGCCUGGGGAGGUCACGGGGCUGUCCUGAUACCUCGCCCAGAAAGCAGUUCUGGACCCCAGCAUCGCGCGGUCAGGCCUACUCUCUGCCUUCAGCUCCCAAGGGAAUCCAGGACCGAAAAUCAAGACGCUGGCUUCCAGCAGCCAAGCUCCACAUUCAAAGGACGCGUCACUUCCCUGUCCGCUUUGCUAGUGCUAUUGUCUUUAAGAUCUUUUGUUUUGAUCCCUCUGUUAACUAGCAUUCCAUGUCAACCAUUUAUCCAAAGGAAAACGGUUGGGGGGUGGUGGAGAGGGACCGGCACAGGGAAGGGAGGUAGGCAUUCUGUACUUCCUAACCUCGCACAAGCAUCUCUGUCUUACACAUGCUAAGGGGAAAAGUAAAACUGCCCCUGUGCAGUAAUAUCAGUCCUCCACCACCACGGAUGCGGUCUCCCUUCAGGCAGCUCAUUCCCACAAAGCUCUUGGCAUCUAACAGAGAGCUCUGACUCAGCCAUCCCACGCCCAGCCCUACCUGAACCGACGUCGCAUUAGGGAGUUAGGGCCCUGCCGCAGACUUACUGUCUCCCCACUGUGAAGGAAAGGCCGCCACCAGCUCACCUGGAGGGUGCUGCCCAGAAUCAACAUGGCGUGGUCUAGCAAGGACCACACCUCAAAGAGGUCUGGGCAAAUGCUUAACUGCAGAAUACUAACACCCGAUGAAAGAUGUCCCCCAUCAAUAGUCAGCAAGAUAGCAGAAUGACGUUAGAAGACAGCCUUAGAAAAUGGAUAAGUAUGAAAAAAUGAAGGAUAAACUGGACUUAAGGGACUCAGAGCUGAUACGUGUGUGGUCUGUCUGGCCCUGUCUCAAAGGCAUCACUGUUUCGAGCGUGUUUAUAAAAACCAACUUUGUUUUCUCCUGGUAUAUUCUAAAUCAGAGGAUGAAGCAAGGUAGGAUAGGAAGCAAGGCAACAGCGUGACUGAUGGCUUUAAGGAGAUCAUGUUUUGCCCCUUUGAAUCCCAGUAAAAGCAUAUCCACUCAGUAACCCCAUUUUUCAGAUUUGAUAACUGUGACAGCCAGAGAGAUUAACUUACCAAAACCAUACAUUUCAGCUUGUUAUCACUGGAUACCUCAUAAAAGCCUAGCCCUGUGUUCUUUUGCUGCUGUGUACAUUUCCAAACCUGAUUUGCAGCCAACUGUAUAUCCUGAUCAUCUCAGAUUGGGGGGGGGGGGUCCAUAUAUCUUCCAGGAACACCCUUGCUGAUGCUGUGUAUGUGUUACCCAACAGAAAUGACAACUCUGAAAUAAGGACAACUUUCUUUUUGUUCUGUCAGUGUGAUUCAAAGCAAAACAAAAAAAUUUUAAAAACACAACGAAAAAGAUCUGACUUCCAAAUAGAAUGUUUCCUUUAAGAGGCAUGAAAAGCAACUAUUGUUGUGUUACAGUGUUAAAAAUAUUCAGUUUUGACAAAAAAAUGUGUACUGUGUAAGCCUUGCAAAAAAAAAAAAAAAGCCUGCUCUAUGGCAUUUGAAUUUUUAUAAAGAUUUCCUUGUGCCAAAUAAGUGCAAAGAUUUAAUUUACUAUUAGAAACCAUAAACAUGUUAUAGUUCCAGAAAAAUUAUUUUGUCAUCAAGUGAUUUUGAUCUCUAGUGUCAAUAUUUAUAUUUAGAUUAAUUUUUAUAAAUGAAAAUAUUUUAAUGGUUUAAGAAAAUGAAUAGGAUAAUAACUUUGAUGACUUCUGAAAGUUACGCUUGCCUUCAUGUUAUAUGCACAUUACCAAGAAUUCCUGUCAAGAAAAAUGAUAAAGAAAGAAAAGUCAUUUAUGAAAGUAAA